AUCAGCGCGGGGCAGCGCGGAGGGACGCGGAUGGGAGCCCGGCUGGGGGCUCCGGUCGGUGCCCAGGGCGGACGCCGCCAUGGUCGAUGUCAGCGCGGCCCUGGAGACCGAGUCUGCCAACGGGAAGGAGCCCCUGGAUGCUGCUGGGGAUGGUGCUGAGGCCAUGGAUGUGCAGGGGGGCUCGGGGGACGAGGAGAACACGCGGCAGCUGGGCGAGAUCGAGCUGCAGUGUGGGAUCUGCACCAAGUGGUUCACAGCUGACACCUUCGGCAUCGACACCACGUCCUGUCUGCCCUUCAUGACCAACUACAGCUUCCACUGCAACGUGUGCCACCACAGCGGGAACACCUACUUCCUGAGGAAACAAGCAAAUCUCAAGGAAAUGUGCCUUAGUGCUCUGGCCAACCUGACGUGGCAGUCGAGGACACAGGAUGAGCACCCCAAAACGAUGUUCUCCAAGGAUAAGGAUAUUAUCCCAUUUAUUGACAAAUACUGGGAGUGCAUGACAACACGGCAGAGGCCUGGGAAAAUGACUUGGCCCAAUAAUAUUGUCAAAACCAUGUGCAAAGAAAGAGAUGUGUUCCUGGUGAAAGAGCAUCCAGAUCCAGGCAGUAAAGACCCAGAGGAAGAUUACCCCAAAUUUGGGCUUCUAGACCAGGAUCUUGCCAAUAUUGGUCCAGCCUACGACAACCAGAAGCAGAACAACGCCGUGUCCACCAGUGGAAGCUUAAAUGGUGGAGCCUCUCUGGGAGGGGGAAUGGCAGCCGGGGGCAGCGGGAAGGGCCGAGGGGCCAAGCGCAAGCAGCAGGACGGAGGGACCACGGGCACGGCCAAGAAAACACGGAGUGACCCGCUGUUCUCGGCUCAGCGCCUGCCGCCCCACGGGUACCCUCUGGAGCACCCCUUCAACAAGGACGGCUAUCGCUACAUCCUGGCCGAGCCCGACCCCCACGCUCCCGACCCAGAAAAGCUGGAGCUGGACUGCUGGGCAGGAAAACCGAUUCCUGGGGAUCUGUACAGAGCCUGCCUGUAUGAACGAGUGCUGCUGGCGCUGCAUGACCGAGCUCCCCAGCUGAAGAUCUCUGACGACAGACUGACUGUUGUUGGUGAGAAGGGCUAUUCCAUGGUGCGAGCCUCGCACGGCGUGCGCAAGGGGGCCUGGUACUUCGAAAUCUCCAUGGAUGAGAUGCCUCCAGACACAGCUGCCAGAUUAGGCUGGUCACAGCCCUUGGGGAACCUCCAGGCCCCUCUGGGAUAUGACAAGUUCAGUUACUCGUGGCGCAGCAAGAAGGGAACCAAGUUCCACCAGUCCAUAGGGAAACACUAUUCCUCUGGCUAUGGACAGGGAGAUGUCCUGGGCUUUUACAUCAACCUUCCAGAGGAUACUGAGACAGCAAAAUCCCUGCCUGACACCUACAAAGACAAGGCUUUGAUCAAAUUCAAAAGCUACUUGUACUUUGAAGAGAAGGAUUUUGUGGACAAAGCAGAGAAGAGCCUAAAGCAAGCCCCUGGAAGCCAGAUCAUAUUCUUCAAGAAUGGUGUCAGCCAAGGAGUUGCCUUUCAGGACAUCUUUGAGGGGGUUUAUUUUCCUGCCAUUUCUCUGUACAAAGGCUGCACGGUUUCUAUAAACUUUGGGCCGUAUUUCAAGUAUCCACCAAGAGACAUCACUUACCAUCCUAUGAGUGACAUGGGCUGGGGGGCCGUGGUGGAGCACACGCUGGCUGACGUCCUGUACCACGUGGAGACAGAGGUGGAUGGCAGGAGGAGCCCCCCCUGGGAGCCAUAACCCCAACAGCGUGCAUUUAUUGCAGAGGAGCAUCCAUCUCACCCCUCUCACACAGCCAAGGAGCCAACAGGCCCUGCUGCAGCCCUGGCUGGCAGGUGUUGUGUGUGUGUGUGUGUGUUCACACUCCCUCCUGCCCGAGAGGCACUUCUGGGCUGGUCUGUGCUAAUCUGGGAGCCCCCAGGACCAUUAGGGUGUCACUCCUGGAGAGCAGCCAGGCUGUAGCUGGAGCUGCCAGGUGUGGGUGCAGUGACCCCUGUGCUCAGGUGUGUUUGGCUGAUGGUGACAACAGCUCCCAGCCAGGACGGCUCUGUUGGAACGACUCGGCUGCAUGUAAGACUGAAAUUUGGGCUUCUGUCCAAACUGUAUUUUUUUUCCCCCACAGACUGGAAACCAGUUUUAAAAAUAAAGGCUUUAACUCUUUCUUUUA